AUGCGGAUAAGAACAGCCACGUCGGACGCCACGCCAUCCCAGCGCCGUUCAUUUCUUCGGGUCGAUAUUGUGAGGGCCGCUCCGACCGAUCCGUCCACGGCACCGGCGCCGACGCCGGCGCCGGCGAGGUCGAUGCUGAAGCGGCUCUUCGAUCGCCAGCUCCUGCGGAUCUCGCCAGCGGAGCGGCUACCGUCGGCGGGCGCGGCAGAGAAGGAUGAGGCGGAGCCGAGCUCCGUGUGUCUGGACGGCAUGGUGCGCAGCUUCUUGGAGGACGGCGUCGGGGCGGGCGCCGAGAAGCCAGGACACGGCGGCCGGUAUUGCAACUGCUUCCACGGAGGCGAUAAUUCCGACGACGAGGAGGACGAGGAAGCGGCGGCGGCGGCUUCCGACGUAGCGGAGACGAUCAAGGGCCUCGUCCACUGCGCGACGCUCCGAGAGCGCAACCUCCUCGCCGACGUCUGCGCGCACCUGGAGCGCCACCGCACGGCGGGCGCGCGCCGGCGCGACCUGCUCCGCCUGGUGGCCGCCUCGCUCCGUGCCGCGGGGCACGACGCCGCCGUCUGCGUCUCCCGCUGGGACAAGUCCCCCUCCCACCCCGCCGGGGAGCAUGCGUACAUCGACGUGCUCCUCCCGGCCGCCUCCGACCGCGGCGCGCGGGAGCGCGUCCUGGUGGACGUGGACUUCCGGUCCGCGUUCGAGGUCGCCAGGCCCACCAAGGCGUACCGCUCGCUGCUGCAGCGGCUGCCGGCGGUGUUCGUGGGCAAGGACGACCGGCUCCGCCUCCUCGUGGCCGCCGCAGCCGACGCCGCUCGCGCCAGCCUGAAGAAGCGUGGCCUGCACCUCCCGCCGUGGCGCAAGCCCGAGUACAUGCGCGCCAAGUGGCUGUCCCCGUAUGAGCGCGAGCGCGAGGCGCCGCCGGCCGAAGAGGCCGCCUCCGCCGCCGCUGCGAGCGAGGUCGGCGUUGAGGGAACGGCCGCCCCGUGACGAGACGCCGUUCUUGGAGUUUUUGUCUUCGAAGAGGGUCUUGCUGCAAAAGCUAAUUUUUUUUCCUUCAAUUUUAACUCUUUUUUGGGGUGGUAUUUUGGGCUACGAAGUGAGAGAGGUAUGUAUUACUGUACUGUUAAUGUUUCACGAGACGAGGAGGAAGUCGCUAUGUAGUGUAGUGUUAGUUUUAGGAAGAGAGAAGUAAAAGAAAAUAUCGGAUAACAUUCACUUUUGGUAAUGACGUUUACCACUUUGUCUAAGUAAUGAAACUUGCUAUGAUAUAUUCGCAGUGA